AUGGCAACGCCCAGAGGACACCAAAACUCGCCGCAAGCAACGGGAGAGGGGCAAGCGGCCCAAGAUACACCCAUCGAGCCUCUUCGGCAAGAUGAAGCCCGUGAGGAGGAUGAGUUUCUGACCACAGGAUGGGACGCCACCUCAACCGUCGCGUCAACAUCUCUGGCGUCAAGCGUAUACAAGUACGAAUUCGAGAAUGGCCGCCGGUAUCAUUCUUAUAAGCAUGGACGCUACCCGAUUCCUAAUGACGAUAUUGAACAGAAUCGGGAGGAUAUGAAGCAUGCUAUGAUCAUGGAGCUUACGCCCACGUGGGUGCCACCCAAUCUACGAUUCAUAGUCGACGAUGUUGAAGACGAGUGGGUCAAUGGCUCAGACUGGGACUUUGUUCACUGCCGCAGCAUGGCCGUUGUCUUGCGUAACUUGGACAAAGUCCUGAACCAGACCUUUACCCACGUCAAGCCCGGUGGGUGGAUCGAGUUUCAGGAAAGUCACGGCAUGCCCCAAUGCGACGACGGCACAAUGAAGCAAGACGACGUCUUGGCCAACUUCUACUCGGCCUGCGUCGAGGCCAUGGCCAAGUUCGGCAUGGACCUCGACAAGGGCAGCGCGCCGCUCGGCGCCGUCCUCGAGGCGGCCGGCUUCACCAACGUGCGCUGCGUGGUCAAGAAGGCGCCGCUCGGCACCUGGGCCAGGAACAAGACGCUCCGGCUCGUGGGCCAGUACGCCAAGCUCGCGCUGCUCGACUCGCUCUCGUCGGUCAUGGGGAAGCCGUUCGCGGCUCUGGGCUACUCGGAAGAGGAGAGGGAGGUCUGGGCGGCCAAGAUCAGGCAGGCUGCCAACGACGACUCGGUGCACAGGUAUUACAAUGUGUAUUUCUGGUACGGCCAAAAGCCAGAGUAG